CGCUCAGGUGCGCCUCCUUCUGCAGACCGAGAUGCGCGUGAUGGAGCGCACGUUCCGAGAGCAGCUGUUCUUCCUCGUGCUGUGCGCGUGCGUGCUGAAGGGAGACUCGCGACACAUCGAGAACAACGAGAUCUCCAAAGAUGAAUUAUUCUCGUUUUUUGACUCGGAGCCGAAGAGGGAGACACCUGAGGAGAUCAUGUACCGGCGGCCUUUGCGCUGUCUGGACAUGGUGGCGCUGGAGGGACACUUCUCCUUCACGGCGGACAGUCCUCAGCUGAGCUGCGCGGCUUUCCUCGUGGCGGAGCCCGACCAGCUGAUCACCGUGGACCUGGAGCGCGUGCACAUCGACUGCAGCGCCGGAGACUUCGUCACGGUGUUUGACGGCUGGGUGAUGAAGGGAGAGAAGUUCCCCAGCUCCCAGGACCACCCGCUGCCUGCGUACGAGCGCUACGUGGAUUACUGCGACUCCCCGAGGAGGAGUGUGCGCUCCUCUCAGAACGUGGCCAUGGUCUUCUUCCGCCUCCACGCCGCCGGGAGCGGCUUCGCCCUGACGGUCCGGAAGCACGCCAAUCCGCUCCCCUGUAAUGUCAUCUCCCAGGCAACGGAGGGAAGCUACACGAUGGUGAUCCCGCAGCAGCGCAGGAACUGCAGCUUCUCCAUCAUCUACCCCGCGGAGAUCGACGUGUCCGAGUUCAGCCUGGGACACAACAGCGAACAUCCCAGGAGCUCCACGCCCGGCUGUGCAGAAUCUGGGGACUUUGUGCAGCUGUUGGGAGGAAGCGGCAUCGACACGUCGAAGCUGCUGCCCAUCACGGACCUCUGCGCCUCCUUCAGCGGACCCACCCGGGUGAAGGUCGGCUGCGACAACGCGGUGGUGAGGAUGGUGUCCAGCGGGAGGUUCGUGAGCCGGGUGUCGUUCAGCUACCGGCUGCUGCAGCGCCCGGAGCUGCAGAGCAUCAAACUCAACAACGUGGAGGACUUCUGCUUCAACAACUGACCCGAAAAAGAAAAGACCAGAUCCACCCGGUCGGCCCCUCCGAUUGGACGACAUUUCUUAAAAUUUAAAUGCACAUGUCUACAAUUUAAUGAAAAAUAAGAGAAACUCAGACACUGAUGUCAUAUUACAUACUUUCUAUUUGCUUUUGAAUAUUUUUGUUCCCGUUCUGAUUGUUGCUGAAUAAAACUUAAAGUGUCCUUUUGUGUUGGGUGGAAUUGGUAUUGUUGUUGUUUCUGCUUUGUGUGAAGACUCUUACAGAUGUAACUUACGUACAUGAUCAACAUUCCUGAAAGGGAACGCGUUAUGCAGUUCAAUUUGUAUAAAUCUUUUUGUAAUAAAACGGCCGCGCAUGACAAAGCA